AUGGCCGCGCACUGGUGGAUUCUUCGCGCUGUUCAGUCCCUAGAGGACCACAUCAUCGCAUCCAUCCUCCGCCAACCUGGCUUCCACCGCGCUGUAGGCCGCAUACACAAAACGAUACACGAGAAGCAAUACGGCCGAAACCCUCACGAACCCUUGGCCCCUGGUGAAGCGACUGCGGACCCGAAUUCGGGUAGCAGGAAUGAACGUUUCGCGAAGCACUUUAUCGACGAGUUGAAGAACCAAUUCCGAGGAAAGCCAACAGAGUUUCCGGGCGACAAGCCCAGGAAGUGA